GAUUCCCAAAUCACCGUCUCCUCCACCGGAAAAUCUAUACCGCGAUUAGGUUUUAGCCUAGUUCCUUAAUCUCCGGUUAUUGAUUCUUUCAAUUUCUAAUCGAUGACAUUGUCCAAGCGAUUGGCUCUAUUGGGAGCUCAAUCUGCGAUUACUCUCGCUAAACCUCGAGGUCUCGGUUCCUCUCUCGGAUUCCUUGAUCGUCGACCAUUUCCGUAUCGUCAAUUUUCUGAACUCACGAAAGCUAAUGGAAGACGUGCCUUUCUCGUUGAUACAUUGGCUCUGGUGAGGAGUCUUGAAGCUCAAGGUGUUCCAUCGAAACAAGCUGAGGCAAUAACUUCUGCUAUUACUGAGGUUUUGAAUGAUAGCUUGGAAAAUGUGUCUGAGUCUUUUGUGUCAAAAGCAGAAAUGCAGAAGAUUGAAAUGAUUCAAGAUUCAAAUCUGUCAAAAUUUAAGUCUGAAGUAAAAAGUUCUCAGGAGCAUCAUUUUACUGUAUUGCAACGUGAGACAGAAAAAUUGAGAGGCGAUAUAGAGAAGAUGCGAAGUGAGCUAAGGUACGAAAUUGAUAAGGUCACAGCUGGACAGCGCUUGGAUUUGAAUCUUGAAAGAGGUCGAAUACGCGAUGAGCUAGCUAAUCAGAAUACCGAAACAACAAAUCUCACAAACAAGCUUGACAGGGAAAUUCAUGCGCUGAGAGCUCAAUUAGAAGCUUCAAAAUACGAAGUCAUCAAAUAUUGCAUAGAGAAAACGAAAAUGGCGAAUCAAGAAGAAGACGAUCUCGUACUCGACCUCUUGGAGUUCCUCAAUUCCUUCGCCGUUGAGAGUCUCUCCGAAGACAUAAUCUACCUCGAAGCUUCGGAGACUGACACUAAUGAUCUCUUCGCAGCUGAUUUUGUUCUCGUCGAUGGUGUUGUUCGUGUUCUUGCUGAUUACCGUAACAGUUCGUUUCGUCGGCAGAUAAUGUUUCUUGGUGGAGGUUCUCGUAAUUGUAUCGGAGAUUAUAUCAAUCGCGAUGGUGUUGAUGAUGAAGAUGACUUUAAUGAUCUUGAUGCUGAUGAAGAUGACUAUAAUGAUCUUGAUGAUGAGUUGGUUCCAAGGAGCGUGAGCAAGAAGCUAAAGAGACAGAGGAUUAGGAAAUUGGGGAAGAGAUCUUCGUAUUUGAAGUUGAAACCUGGGUGUGUUCAUGGUAAGCAUGGCUUUGGUAUCAAUUUCAGGUGCUGAUAGGUUCGAUUUCUUCAAAUUUUCUUCGAUGAAACGGUUUAGAUUUCUCAUUUUUUUUGUGUGUAAAUGGUAGUGUUUGGAUUUGCUUAUUGAUUUCUUUUUUAGUUGUUCUUGGAUUGUUCAGUUUCUGCAAACUUGUAAAUCGAUUUUUAGUUGCUGUAUGAAUUUGUGACCUCUUUUGUAGAAGAAUCAAUGAAGUGUUGACAAACUC